GCGGGGUGAAGGAGGACGAGCUGCAGAGCAUCCUGAACUACCUGCUGACCAUGCACGAGGAUGAGAACAUCCACGACGUCCUGCAGCUCUUGGUCGCCCUCAUGUCGGAGCACCCCGCCUCCAUGAUCCCCGCCUUCGACCAGAGGAACGGGAUACGGGUCAUCUACAAGCUUCUGGCUUCCAAGAGUGAGAGCAUUCGAGUGCAGGCGCUGAAGGUCCUGGGCUACUUCCUCAAGCACCUGGGCCAUAAGAGGAAGGUGGAGAUCAUGCACACGCACAGUCUCUUCACCCUGCUGGGGGAGAGGCUGAUGCUCCACACCAACACCGUGACCGUCACCACCUACAACACCCUGUACGAGAUCCUGACGGAGCAGGUGUGCACGCAGGUGGUGCACAAGCCCCAUCCCGAGCCGGACUCCACCGUCAAGAUCCAGAACCCGAUGAUCCUGAAGGUGGUGGCCACGCUGCUGAAGAACGCCACGCCCAGCGUGGAGCUGAUGGAGGUGCGGCGGCUCUUCCUGUCGGACAUGAUCAAGCUGUUCAGCAACAGCAGGGAGAACAGGCGGUGCUUGCUGCAGUGCUCCGUGUGGCAGGACUGGAUGUUCUCUCUGGGCUACAUCAACCCCAAGAGCUCGGAGGAGCAGAAGAUCACCGAGAUGGUGUACAACAUCUUCCGCAUCCUGCUCUACCACGCCAUCAAAUACGAGUGGGGAGGCUGGCGCGUCUGGGUGGACACGCUCUCCAUAGCCCACUCUAAGGUGACCUACGAGGCCCACAAGGAGUACCUGGCCAAGAUGUACGAGGAGUACCAGCGGCAGGAGGAGGAGAACAUCAAGAAGGGGAAGAAGGGCCUGGUCAGCACCAUCUCUGGGCUCUCCGCCCAGGCCGCGGGCAUCAAGGGCGCCAUCGAGAUCCGCGAGAUGGAGGACGGCGGCUCGCAGACGCAGACGCCCGAGAGCGAGGCCGACUACCCCGAGAGCGGGGACCCCCGAAACCUGCUGGCCGAGCCCAAGGGCGCGGGGGAGGAGGAGGAGGAGGAGGAGGAGGCGCUGGCCGGGGCGGGGCGGCGGGCCGUGGCCGGGGUGCGGGUGGAGGUGCACGACCUGCUGGUGGACAUCAAGGCGGAGAAGGUGGAGGCCACGGAGGUGAAGCUGGACGACCUGGACCUGUCGCCGGAGACGCUGGUGGUGGGGGUGGGGGUGGGGGUCGGGGUGGGCGUGGCAGAGAACGGGGCGCUGGUGGAGGUGGACUCGCUGCUGGACAACGUGUACUGCGCUGCCGUGGAGAAGCUGGGUGGGGCUAGGGGUGGCGUGGGGGGCGGGGUCAACGGCGAGAGCGGCGAGGACAAGAACACGGGCCCGCUGAUCACGCUGGCGGACGAGAAGGACAGCGUCCCCAGCAACAGCGGCUUCCUGUUCGGGAAGGUGGGCGGCGGCCCGGAGCUGACGCCCGCCGAGCCGCUGGUGCUGCCCAGCCCCGAGCCCCCCCCCGUGCACACCGUUGCCGGCGACGACCUGGGCCUGCUGGCCCACAUGACGGGCAGCUCGGACCUGGCCCCGCCCGCCAGCCUCCUGGAGGACGCCGAGUUCAAGCUGCGCACCGCGCUGGCGGACAUCGACGGCAUCGGCGAGCGGGCCGAGUGCGCCGCCAAGGGCGCCGAGGGGGUCGCCGCGGCGACGGACGCCGACCCGACCGCCGCCAAGGCCGGGGGCGGGGCCGACGCGGCCAGCACCAUCUCCGACACGGAGCGGUCCGACGACGGCAAGGACAAGGAAAUCAAGAAGAUCCAGACCACCGCCACCACACAGACGCUGCAUGGGCGCAUGGCCAGCCAGAUGGAGCGGGACCUGCGGGUGGACCUGGGUUUUCGGGGCAUGCCCAUGACGGAGGAGCAGCGGCGCCAGUUCAGCCCCGGCCCACGCACCACCAUGUUCCGCAUCCCAGAGUUCAAGUGGUCGCCCAUGCACCAGCGGCUGCUGACCGACCUGCUCUUCGCCCUGGAGACCGACGUGCACGUGUGGAGGAGCCAUUCAACCAAGUCGGUCAUGGACUUUGUAAACAGCAACGAGAACAUCAUUUUCGUGCAUAAUACCAUUCACCUAAUUUCUCAAAUGGUAGACAACAUCAUCAUCGCCUGUGGAGGAAUACUGCCCCUGCUGUCCGCUGCCACGUCUCCUUCCAGUUCUAAGGUUAGUACCAGCACUACGGAGCUGGAGAGCAUCGAGGCGACGCAGGGCAUGUCCUCGGAGACGGCAGUGACCUUCCUGAGCCGCCUGAUGGCCAUGGUGGACGUGCUGGUGUUCGCCAGCUCCCUCAACUUCAGCGAGAUCGAGGCCGAGAAGAACAUGUCCUCCGGGGGCCUAAUGCGCCAGUGCCUGAGACUGGUGUGCUGUGUGGCUGUGAGAAACUGUUUGGAGUGCAGGCAGAGACAGAGGGACAGAACAACCAAAUCCUCCCUCCCGAGCAGCAAGACCCAGGAGAACCUGCAGAACGUUCCGCCUGUCAGCAAGGAUCCUGACAGGCUUCUGCAGGAUGUGGACAUCAAUCGGCUACGAGCCGUUGUUUUCCGCGAUGUGGACGACAGUAAACAGGCGCAGUUCCUGGCGCUGGCUGUGGUCUAUUUCAUCUCCGUCCUGAUGGUCUCCAAGUACCGGGACAUCCUGGAGCCCCAGCGUGAGAUUGGCAGGUCCAGCAGCCAAUCGGGGAGGAGCAUCCGACAAGAGAUCAACUCCCCAACCAGUACUGAGAACCCCAGCGCCUUCGCGGACGGCGCCAAGGACACGCCCACGCCGGUGGAGGACCUGCACGUGGAGAGCUCGCUGCCGCACACCGACUCGGGCAUCGGCGAGGAGCAGGUGUCGGGCGUGCUGAACGGGGGCGACCUGGAGGCCGGGGCGGGGGCGGGGCCGGGGGCGGGGCUGGGCCCGGGGGGGCCCGACGCCAUGAGCGAGCUCCUCUGCACCCUCUCCUCGGAGGUCAAGAGGUCGCAGGAGAGCCUGGCCGAGUCGCCCGGCGUGGAGGUGCUCCGGCCCGCCCCCUCCAUCUCCAGCAUCUCCCAGGGGGGCAGCAAGGGCAUCAACGUCAAGGAGAUCCUCAAGAGCCUGGUGGCCUCGCCCGUGGAGGCCGCCGACGCCGGGCCGGAGCCCCUCCCCUACCCAGACCCGGCCGUCAAGACCCAGGCCCAGGCCAUCCUGCCCAUGCAGUUCCACUCCUUCGACAGGAGCGUGGUGGUGCCGGUGAAGAAGCCGCCGCCGGGGAAUCUGGCGGUCACCACCGUGGGCAGCGCCAGUGCCGCGGGCGGCCCCGCCUCGGGCAGCACGCCCAACAUCUUCGCCGCCGCCUCCACCGCCACGCCCAAGAGCAUGAUUAACACCACAGGUGCAACAGACUCCGCCUCCUCUUCCUCCUCCUCUUCCUCCAGCUUUGUAAACGGAGCCACCAGCAAAAACCUGCCGGCGGUGCAGACGGUGGCGCCCAUGCCCGAGGACACGGUGGAGAACAUGAGUGCCUUUUGUGACGUGGACCCGUGUCCACUCAGAUCCGGGCUGACUCCUCCAGAACUCAAAUCCUUUAGCUCCCUGCCAGGAUUCCAGACAGCCCCCAGAGGUGCAGGACAGUGUCAUAGUAUCACCACUAAGCUGGAGCGUGCGCUGGAGAAGGUGGCCCCGUUGCUAAGGGAGAUCUUUGUGGACUUCGCGCCGUUCCUGUCGCGCACGCUGCUGGGUAGCCACGGGCAGGAGCUCCUCAUAGAAGGUACAGGUCUGGUGUGUAUGAAGUCCAGCACCUCAGUGGUGGAGCUGGUCAUGCUGCUCUGCUCACAGGAGUGGCAGAACUCCAUCCAGAAGAACGCCGGCCUGGCCUUCAUCGAGCUCAUCAACGAGGGCAGGCUGCUGUGUCACGCCAUGAAGGACCACAUCGUGCGCGUGGCCAACGAGGCGGAGUUCAUCCUCAACAGACAGCGCGCCGAGGACGUCCACAAACACGCCGAGUUUGAGUCGAACUGCGCCCAGUACGCCGCGGACAGGAAGGAGGAGGAGAAGAUGUGCGAUCACCUGAUCAGCGCCGCCAAGCACAGAGACCAUGUGACCGCCAACCAGCUCAAGCAGAAGAUCCUCAACAUCCUGACCAAUAAGCACGGGGCCUGGGGCACCCUCUCACAGAGCCAGCUGCACGACUUCUGGCGGCUGGACUACUGGGAGGACGACCUUCGGAGGAGGCGGAGAUUCGUACGCAACGCCUUCGGCUCCACCCACUUAGACGUUACGCUCAAGGCCCUGGAGGACUACGGCACGGAGGAGGACGAGAUGGUCAAGUCGAAGAAGGCCUUCCGGAGCCAGGCGGUGGUCAGCCAGAACCCCGAGUCGGAGCUGAUGCUGGAGGGGGACGACGACGCCGUCAGCCUCCUGCAGGAGAAGGAGAUCGACAACCUGGCGGGCCCUGUGGUCCUGAGUACUCCAGCUCAGCUCGUGGCGCCGGUCAUCGUAGCUCGAGGGACGCUCUCCAUCACCACGACCGAGAUCUAUUUUGAGGUGGAUGAAGAUGACUCCGCCUUCAAAAAGAUUGACGCCAAAGUCUUGGCCUACUCCGAGGGUCUGCACGGGAAAUGGAUGUUCAGCGAGAUCCGCGCGGUCUUCUCCAGACGCUGCCUCCUGCAGAACACCGCCCUGGAGGUCUUCAUGGCCAACAGAACCUCCGUCAUGUUCAACUUCCCGGAUCAGGCCACUGUGAAGAAGGUGGUCUACAGCCUACCCCGGGUGGGCGUCGGCACCAGCUAUGGCUUGCCCCAGGCCAGGCGCAUCUCCCUGGCGACCCCGCGGCAGCUCUUCAAGUCCUCCAACAUGACCCAGCGCUGGCAGAGGCGGGAGAUCUCCAACUUCGAGUACCUGAUGUUCCUCAACACCAUCGCAGGGAGGACCUAUAACGAUCUGAACCAGUACCCUGUCUUUCCCUGGGUCCUCACGAACUACGAGUCCGAGGAGCUGGACCUCACCCUCCCGGGGAACUUCAGAGACCUGUCAAAGCCAAUCGGAGCCCUGAACCCCAAGCGCGCCGUGUUCUACGCGGAACGCUACGAGACGUGGGAGGAGGACCAGACGCCCCCGUGCCACUACAACUCCCACUACUCCACCUCCGCCUCCACCCUGCGAUGGCUGGUCAGAAUAGAACCCUUCACCACGUUCUUCCUCAACACCAACGACAACAAGUUCGACCACGCCGACCGCACCUUCUCUGCCAUCGCCCGGUCCUGGAGGAACUGCCAGCGCGACACCUCCGACGUCAAGGAGCUGAUCCCGGAGUUCUACUACCUCCCCGAGAUGUUCGUCAACAGCAACGGCUACGACCUGGGAGCGAGGGACGAUGGGGCGGCGGUGUGCGACGUGGAGCUCCCUCCGUGGGCCAAGAAGCCGGAGGACUUCGUUCGGAUAAACAGGAUGGCCCUGGAGAGCGAGUUUGUGUCCUGUCAGCUCCAUCAGUGGAUCGACCUUAUUUUCGGCUACAAGCAGCGAGGCCCGGAGGCGGCCCGCGCCCUCAACGUCUUCCACUACCUGACGUACGAGGGCUCCGUCGCCCUGGACAGCAUCGCCGACCCCCUGCUGCGAGAGGCGAUGGAGGUGCAGAUUCAGUGUUUUGGACAGACUCCAUCUCAGUUGCUUAUUGAGCCACAUCCGCCACGAAGCUCCGCCAUGCACCUGUGUUUCCUUCCGCAGAGCCCCCUCAUGUUUAAGGACCAGAUGCAGCAGGACGUGAUCAUGGUGCUCAAGUUCCCCUCCAACUCGCCCGUCACCCACGUGGCCGCCAACACCCUGCCCCACCUGAGCGUGCCCGCCGCCGUCACCGUCACCUGCAGCCGGCUCUUCGCCGUCAACCGCUGGCACAACACCGUCGGUCUCAGGGGAGCACCAGGGUACUCUCUGGAACAGGCCCACCACCUGCCCAUCGAGAUGGACCCCCUUAUUGCCAAUAACUCCGGGAUGAACAAGAGACAAAUCACAGACCUGGUGGACCAGAGCAUCCAGAUCAACACGCACUGCUUCGUGGUGACGGCCGACAACCGCUACAUCCUGGUGUGCGGCUUCUGGGACAAGAGCUUCCGCGUCUACUCCACCGAGACAGGCAAGCUGACCCAGAUCGUGUUCGGGCACUGGGACGUGGUGACGUGUCUGGCCCGGUCCGAGUCCUACAUCGGGGGCGACUGCUACAUCGUUUCGGGGUCCCGGGACGCCACGCUGCUGCUGUGGUACUGGAGCGGACGGCACCACAUCAUCGGAGACAAUCCCAACAACAGUGAUUACCCAGCACCCCGGGCUGUGCUGACUGGUCACGAUCACGAGGUGGUCUGUGUGUCCGUCUGUGCGGAGCUGGGCCUGGUCAUCAGUGGUGCCAAAGAGGGGCCCUGUCUGGUGCACACCAUCACGGGGGACCUGCUGCGGGCCCUGGAGGGCCCCGAUAACUGCCUGUGCCCGCGGCUGAUCUCCGUGUCCAGCGAGGGCCACUGCAUCAUCUGCUACGAGCGCGGCCGCUUCUGCAACUUCAGCAUCAAUGGCAAGCUGCUGGCGCAGAUGGAGGUCAACGACUCCACCCGGGCCAUCCUCCUGAGCAGUGACGGACAGAACCUGGUGACGGGCGGGGACAACGGGGUGGUGGAGGUGUGGCAGGCCUGCGACUUCAAGCAGCUCUACAUCUACCCCGGCUGCGACGCCGGCAUCCGAGCCAUGGACCUGUCACAUGAUCAAAGGACUCUGAUAACGGGCAUGGCAUCCGGGAGCAUCGUGGCUUUUAACAUCGAUUUUAACCGAUGGCACUACGAGCACCAGAACAGAUACUGAGAGAGGAGCAAGGCAGAGCUGGCGGGGGGGAAAGGAGGGAGGGAUGCCCCGCCCCUGGCCCCGCCCCUUCCUCCGCCUAUGGCCCCGCCCCCUCCUCCACAUGGCAGGACGCAGGCUGAGGUGGAGAAGAGCCCAGAAGCCAGGAACAGAACAAAUCCCAGAAGAAGAAAAGGAAAAUGAAAACGAGAGGGAGAGAGAGAGAGAGAGGGAGAGAGCGGGGAAAAAGAGAGAGAAUCUGAAAGACUACGGCCUCUUGCCUCUUGGUGAGCUGUCCAUUCCGCUUGGCAAUAGACGAGCAUCAUAAGUCAGAACACCUUAAAAACGGUCAUUUUCUGUGCGUUUUUGUUUUACACCUGAGCCCCAGCUAAGCUCAUCUUUAUCAUGUGAAUCAAUUAUAGAUCUGUGGGGAGGACUAGGGAUGGAUUUCCCCUGCAAAGUGCUAAUUGGGCGGGGUGGGAAUUCUCCUAAUCUGAGUGGAAAAAAAAUACGGCAAGGGAAGGAGAAUUCAGCGCAAACACAGGAAUUCCGAGCUUUUAGAGCAUAUCGACUUUUGUUCAUAUUUUUUCAGAAACUGAAAAUACGUAAACAAAAUGGCGCCUACAGUGAACAACUUUGAUACUUUGUAUGGCAGAUGCACACCUUACCUUAGAGGGAUACUUUUUUAAAAAGAAAAAGUAAAACCUUGUUAAAAAAAAAAUAAAAAUAAAAAAGUAUUUCAUACACAGGUAGGAGAAAAAUAUAAUUGUGCAUGAACUAUAAAUGAACUAUAAAUCUGCUGUUUUGGUAGAAAAAGCUGGAUUUUCACAGUUAAACUGUUAUUAUCGGGUGAGGAGUUCUUCAUUAGAUAACCAAGGCCUUUUCAUUACUACCUGUUCAAAGACACCCCCCAGUGCAUCCCUCAACUCUCUUUAAAAACGUACUUGUUGUGUGAUAACAUAGCCACGCCCAUUUUAAUUAUCGCCUAGCAGUGGUGAUGGUGGUGAUAUAUUGAGUUCAUUUUCAUGUUUGUUUGUUAUAAGGAGGGCCUCAAUCACAUACUCUGUUAGUGACACAUAUAUACUGUACACAGUACCUUGUAAACACAGUUUUGUUUGCUUAGAAAAUAAUUUCAGGAGGAAACUAUCAAAAAAAUUAUUUUUAUUAAUUAUAAAGGAAACCAUCGUUGUGAAACAUUCACGUUCACUUCUGAGUCUGUUCUAACGUUAUAACUUAUAAUUUAUUCUGUUAAAAUGAAUGGUGGUGAAUAAUGGGAUUUGCUCUAUUUUAAAGUGGUUAGCAGCAAAGAUACGGGGUUUACUGUAUGUUAAAGUGAAUGGCAGCGGAGGAGGUGAGGUGGUAAGGACAGAUGUCUCCUGCUUACAGGUAGGCUCCGACAACUCAUCCAGGGUAAAACAGUUUCAAAUCCUUCAUGUUCCUUGUAUAUUUGGUGACUGUUUUGUCAUAGAUGUACAUAUUGUGUUGGUAGGGCUACGAGGCAUGUCAUGAGAAUGUAAUUUUCUCAAGAUAACUAAAAAAAAAAAAUUUUAAAAAGAAGAAAAAAAUUAAUAUUCACUCGCAGUCAUCUAUUUAAGGGAAAUUAAUGGAAAUCUUUGUAUUGGCACUUUGCACCAGAAACAUAUCAUUAUUUAUUGCUGUGAUUUACCGAUCUGUCAUCCACCGUGUAUUAGUGGGUUUUAGCACUGAAUUCUUUACUCAUUGAUAUUUGUAUUUUAAGACUUAUUAAAAUCACGGGGAAAUCAGUGUAGUGACAUUCUACAACCACAAAGACAGAAAGCAAUAUGAGUCUACGGCCUGUGCAGAGAUAAGAGGUGAGAUAGGGGUAUCUUUAGGCAUCUGGAUUAAACACACACACACACACACGUACACACACACACACGCACACAUGUACAUGCGCACGCAUGUACACACAGCUACACAACUCACAAACCGUUUGACAGGUUUUAAUGUCAUCCAAAAAUGAUGGUGAAAUAUUUUUGGAUAUGUAAAAUCUUAAAUACUAUCGUAACCAUGUUUUAUUGCAGAGAUGUAAAAUAUGCCACAUGUGUGUGAGUUGAAAACAAAAAGAUAAAAAAAGAAAAAUAAAAUAUGCAAAGAAUUUGA